CCUCAUCGCCAUGAACCCCUUCCAGCGGCUGCCGCUCUACGGCAGGGAGGUCUCCGAGCAGUACCGGCGCCACGAGAAGGGCGCGCUGCCGCCGCACAUCUUCGCCGUGGCCGCCCGGGCCUACGGCGCCAUGCUGGGCCGCCGGGCCGCCGGGCCCCGCAGCCAGUGCAUCGUCAUCAGUGGAGAGAGUGGUGCGGGGAAAACAGAAAGUACAAAGCUACUGUUGCAGCACAUAAUGAACCUAUGUAAAGGCAACUCACAGCUGGAGCAGCAGAUCUUACAGGUAAACCCAUUGCUUGAAGCUUUUGGCAAUGCCCAGACUGUGAUGAAUGACAACAGUAGCCGCUUUGGAAAAUACAUACAGCUGCGUUUCCAGAAGAAUACAGUGAAGGGUGCAAAGCUGAGCGAGUAUCUGUUAGAGAAGUCACGGGUGGUACAACAAGAUACUGGAGAGAGGAAUUUCCAUAUCUUCUACUACAUGUUUGCUGGACUCUCUUCAGAGGAAAAGGAGAUGUAUGGGCUAUUGGAUCCCUCACUCUACAGGUACAUAAGUGGACAAUUUGGUACAGAAGAUGUAGCUCAGCAUUGGAAACACAAAUAUCAAGAGGUGCGCAAUGCCCUUGACAUGGUGGGCUUCCAAGAACAGGAACAGGUGGACAUGCAGGCAAUCUUGGCUGGUGUCUUGUCUCUGGGCAAUGUGACCUUUGAGCCUCAGGAGAACAACGGGUCUGUAAAAGUGAGUGAAGCUUCCCAAGGAUGGCUGAAGGCUGCAGCGGGUCAGUUUGGAGUGCAAGAAGAUGAGCUGUUGAAAUGUCUCAUUUGCACAAUGUCAGUGACUCGGGGAGAGCAGAUUCAGCGUUUUCACACCAAACAACAGGCAGAGGAUGCUCGAGACUCUAUUGCAAAGGUGGCAUAUGGCCGAGUAUUUGGCUGGAUUGUUUCCAAGAUCAAUGAGUUACUGGCUGAGAAUGUGGAUCCUGAGGUGGAGCUGAGGGAGAUAGGAAUCUUGGAUAUUUUUGGAUUUGAAAACUUUGCAGUGAAUCGUUUUGAACAGCUUUGCAUAAACCUGGCCAACGAGCAGCUGCAGCACUUUUUUAAUCAUCACAUUUUCCAGCUGGAGCAGACUGCCUACAGGGAGGAAGAGCUGCCUUGGGAAACUAUUAAGUUCAGCAAUAAUGAACCCAUUCUGAAUCUGUUCUUGGCCAAACCACUUGGUCUACUGUCUCUUCUGGAUGAGCAGAGUGCGUUCCCUCAGGCAACUGAUAAAACAUUUGUGGAUAAACUGAACAGCAGCUUUAAGGGGAAUGUGCACUUCCAAUCAAGCCGGGGCCGUGUUUUGGGCUUCAGCAUCAUUCACUAUGCUGGGAAUGUACAAUAUACUGCUGGUGGCUUUCUAGAGAAGAACAGAGACACCUUGCCAGCCAAUGUUCGUGGACUCUUCAUAAACAGUGUCACCCCUUUGCUCAGUGUGCUCUUCACAGCCACUAUCUCCAGGACAGGAACACUGAUGCCUCAUGUUAAAACCAAGGUCAUACCAGGAGCAGAUGACAAAUUCAACAGCACACGAAAGCAGUCAGUGGGAGCUCAGUUCCGGCAUUCUCUGAUGGUGCUCAUGGAGCGGAUGUAUUCUGCCAACCCACACUUUGUACGUUGUAUAAAGCCCAACAGCCAGAAGGAGCCAGGUGUGGUGGACAGCCAGGUUGUGCUGCAGCAGCUCCGAUACAAUGGACUGCUGGAGACUGUCCGGAUCCGACGAGAUGGUUUCUCCUGGAGACCUUCUUUUGAGGAAUUUGCUGAAAGAUAUGGAAUUCUUCUAGUUAAACCAGAUGUGUCUCUCACAAAAGAAAGCUGUCUGGAGAUACUGCAAAGUACAGAGCUGACUGGCUGGAUAUGUGGAAAGUCACGACUUUUCUUUAAAUACUGGCACCAGGCGCAGCUGGCGAAGUGUGUGGAGCAACUAGAAAGAGCAGCAGUUGUCAUACAGAAAGCUUUUAGGGGAUUCAGCUGCAGGAAGAGAUACUUGAAGGUAGUGGCUGAGUUGAGAGCUCAGGCACUACGGCUACAGGAGGAGGCAGAAAGAGAGAGAAGCCGCCAGCUGGAGCUGGAAGCAGAAGCCCAAAAAAGAGUCUCCCUGCCAGUACCUGUGCCACGAAAGAGACGACCUCAGCCUUGUCCUCGUCCUGCAUCUGAUGUGCCACCACAGCCACCAGUCCCACGGCCACGCAGCAAACUCACAGAGUCCACUCCUUUUGAUAACUUCCUGCACCCUUCUGGGCCUCGCCCCAUUCUGGGGACAGAGGAGCAGACUGGAGAAGAGGCGAAAAUGAGGAAACUCAAGAGAGGAGCAACUCUGCGUUGGUUCAGAGAGACGCAGGCCCAGAAAGUCAUGCAGGAUGAUGGGGCCUUUCCAAGCUGGCUGCAUGGGAUGAUCAGCCGGAGGGAAGCUGAAAACUUGCUGACUGACAAGCCUUUGGGCUGCUUCCUUGUUCGCAUCAGCCAGAGCCGAGCAGGCUACACCCUGACGUACAGGGGUGAAGGCCGCUGCAGACACUACAUGAUCGAGAUGCAGCCCAAUGCACGAUAUGUAAUUCUGGGUGAAGACCGGGCUCAUGCCUCACUCACCGAACUGGUUCGGUAUCACCAGACUGUGGGCAUCCAGCCCUUUAUGGAGACACUGACUGUUCCCUGCGGGCAGAAAGGCAGUGGGAAUUUGGACUAUGAAGACCUGGAGUGCCUCACACUGACUCCAUCUGCAGCUGAGGAGGAGACUUCUCCAAGGGAGCAGGCUUGCCUCUCUGGGACCCCUGCUGGGAGGUCCAUUCUGCAGACAGGAGCAGCCUCAGUUCUCAAACGUGUGUGGUUCAGGAGGGCCAAGAAGUGCCAAGAGCAGCAGAGCCUGGACGAGAGCAAGACAAAGUCAAGCCCAGGACAAGAGGGAGGCAGCCAGCGAGCAUUCCCUCGCCUUCACUCCUCCAUACGCCUGGCAAUGCAGGAAAUCCAGCAGUUCUCUUCCGUUCACUUGAACAGCUCCUGUACUGAGCUGCAGUCAAGCCCUCAGCACUGAGGACGUACAGCCCAAGUGAUACGGUGAAAAUGAUAUAGCCCUGUCAUCUUCUGAUGCUGCUGAACCUGCAUAAUUGGGUGAACAUAUCCAGAUACAUAGCAGCCUUUUUUUCCCCUGCACACGGCUGGACCUGUGCCUUUAGUUAGGACUCCUGCAGGAAUGAACAUUCUUCAGCAUUCAGCUAGGACUGCAGUGCCUGGACCAGUCUCAUCCUGGCAAAGGGGAAAGAAUGGAAAUGAUCACAUUCUAUGCACAGAUCCACAGUGCCUGACAAUACUUCAGUGUGCCUAGAGACCCCUCACCCCACACUUAAUUUUGUAAUUGCCACAGACUGGAUAUCUCCCAACAUUUUCACUUAAAACUGUGUGCUGAUUUCCUAA